AUGGAACUCAACCGAGAACAUUUUCGCGCCAUAAUUUAUUACAACUUUCAGAGACAAUUAUCGCAACAAGAAUCGCCACAUCAGUCGACAAUUUCCCGUUGGUAUGGAGAAUUCAAACGUGGACGGGUGAGUCUUAGCGACGAUCCCAAGGUGGGUGCACUAAAAACAGCAAGCUCAAUUGAAAAAAAUUUACAUGAAGAAUUAGGAGUAAGAAAAUUACAAAAAGCAGCCAGGGUUAAUUGGUGUCAAAAAACGUUUGACCGUGAAGAAAACCCAACAAAAGUCUUCCGUUCUCGAAGUGUUUCGAAAAAGAUGGUCGCGACAUUUGUGUCAACAAUUCCUCUUAAUGAGCAACGAACUGUUACUGCGGAUUGGUAUACCACCAUUUGUUUGCCAAAAGUCAUCACCGAGCUUCGAAAAGUCAACCACGAAAGAAGAAUCAUCUUCCACCAAGACAAUGCAAGCUCGCACACAGCCCAAAAAACAAGGCAGUAUUUAACGGAAGAAAACGUGGAAUUAUUGGACCAUCUUAGAUAUAGUCCCGAUCUAGGUCCUAACGAUUUAUUUACUUUCCCGAAAAUUAAAAACAGACUGCGUGGUCAAAGGUUCCAGUUACCAGAAGAAGUAGGUGACGCAUUAAAAAAUGCCGUUUUGGAUCUGCCAGAAAACGAGUGGACUAAGUGCUUCGAAAGUUGGUUCGAGCGCAUGCAGAUGUGUAUUAAUCUUCGUGGAGAAUACUUCGAAAAAUAA